CCGGAGGACGUGCGCACGCUGCCUUUGCGGCUCCUGGCCCCGAGAUGCGCGGCUCCCGGGCCCGUGCCAGCUGCAGACAUCUGUGGAUUUUAAGAACACUAUGGAGCUCAUCAGAGUUUAUCACUGAAGAAUAUGAUGGCUGAAAACAAUUUUAAAAUGCUAAAGAUUCAGCAGUGUGUAGCAGCCAACAAGCUACCCAGAAACAGGCCAUAUAUUUGCAAUAUUUGCUUCAAGCAUUUUGAAACACCAUCAAAAUUAGCUAGGCAUUAUCUCAUUCAUACUGGUCAGAAGCCAUUUGAAUGUGAUGUGUGUCAUAAAACCUUUAGGCAACUAGUUCACCUGGAAAGACAUCAACUAACUCAUAAUCUGCCUUUUAAAUGUAGUAUUUGUCAACGCCACUUUAAGAAUCUGAAGACAUUUGUGAAGCACCAACAGCUUCACGAUGAAACGUACCAGAAUGAUGUUAAGCAGGUCAGAAGACCGUUGGAGGCCAAGCAAGAAAAGCCAGUGUAUGGAAUGUAUCAUACUUUUACCCCAGAGGAGAGAUGGGCAUUACACCCAUGCUCCAAGUCUGAUCCUACAUACAGCCCUUCAAAGAAAAAAAAGGAUAUUCAUGCGUGUACAAUCUGUGGCAAGAUGUUUCCAUCACAGUCAAAACUUGAUAGGCAUGCUCUCAUUCAUACUGGUCAGAGGCCUUUUAAAUGUGUCCUGUGCAGUAAGUCUUUUCGACAGUCAACUCACUUAAAAAUCCACCAACUCACACAUUCAGAAGAAAGACCUUUUCAGUGUUGUUUCUGUCAAAAAGGAUUUAAGAUUCAAAGCAAACUUCUGAAGCAUAAACAAAUCCAUACCAGGAAUAAGACUUUUCAGACUCUUUCAUUAAAGGUGAAGAGUUCAGAAUCAUGCUCCCUGCCUAAUAAAUUAAAUGCAAAGCAGGAUGGCUUUGAAAAUGGUGAUAUAGGUAAAUCUGAAGAGAAUAAUCAGCUUGAUGUCCACUCUGUUUAUAUUGUCCCUUUUCAAUGUCCUGAGUGUGAAGAAUGUUUUGAAUCAGAGCAGAUUCUCAAUGGACACAAGUGUUUUCCUGCCAGAAGUGGCAAAAUUCCAAGCAAGCUCAAAAGAAGCUGCAACUAUAAAACCAUUGUUAAAAAAAUCUUAGCUAAGCUUAAACGUGCUGGGGGUAAGAAAUUAGAUAAUUUUCGAUCUGAUAAAAAAGUAUUUAAAAACACUUUCAUGAAAAAUUGUGAUCUUAUUUCUGGUGAGCAGAGGCCUGAACAAACCCAGAGAACAUGUCUGAGUUCUCUUGGCAAGCAUGGAACAUAUAAGACAGUUGGCAAUAAAAAGAAAACAUUGACUUUGCCGUUUUCUUGGCAAAAGCACUGCCAGAGCCAACAUAUGGGGAAAAACGUAAAAGGUAUUCUUACACCAGAAAGCAUGUUAAGUAUGGAUAAUCCUAUGCAUAAAAAAGACAUAUCUAUCUAUGGUUCAUCAGGUGAGGAAUUCUUUGAAAACUGUCAAGUGCUCCAGUGUGGCUUUUCAGUUCCAAGUGGAAACAUACAUACUGGACAUAAGAUGUGUCCUUGUGACAAAUGUGAGAAAGUGUUUCCUUCUGUGUCUAAACUACAAAGACACUAUUUAAUUCAUACUGGACAGAGGCCUUUUGGCUGCAAUGUUUGUGGGAAGUCUUUUAGACAGUCAGCUCACUUGAAAAGACAUAAACUAACUCAUAUUGAUAAGCUUCCCUAUAGAAAAUCUCUUUGCCAAGUAGAAUUGGAAAAUUUGAACAAACUUUUCUUUCACCAGGGUGAUAAUGUUAGCUACAGUGCUUCCCAACAAUGUCAGACUCUUGGUUUUCAAAAAUACAAGGUCUCAGAGUCAGAUCAAAUGUCAGAAAUAAAAGUUAAGGCAGAAUCAGAGGACUUCAUUCCUGGUGCCCCCUGUAGGAACAGAGAGCCCUGUCUGUCUAGCAUACUUCUGGAAUCAGAGCAGAGCCGUCAUAGUCGUCACUGUAGUUAUUCAGGGCGUGCCGAGAGGAAUGAUGGCCUUCUUUACCAAUGCAGUGUGUGUUCUAAAAGUUUUAGAUCCCCGUCUAAACUGGAAAGACACUAUUUAAUUCAUGCAGGGCAGAAACCAUUUGAAUGCUCAGUUUGUGGCAAAACGUUCAGACAGGCUCCUCACUGGAAGAGACAUCAACUUACUCACUUUAAGGAAUGACCACAAGAGAAAAUGGGUAUCCUAAAUUCAGUUAUGAAACUGACAGAACCACUGAUAGUUUGUGGUGUCUCUGGCGACCUUGUUCUUUAGCCUGUAUCAUUUAAAAUGUAUUUUUAUCAAAAGGCCUGCAUUAGAUUGAAUUAUUUCAUAAGCAGUUGCUUGUCCUGCAUACAGAGAGGUAAGAUACAUAGACAUUUAAUACAGUGUUUUAGGAGCAGCUGAAUUAAUUUUUAGAGGGAAAAAUAUGAUUUGAUGUCAGAAAGCAAGCAUUUUAACAUAUUUUGGCUGUAUUGAAAAUGUUGUAAAUCUAUGGCAUGGUACAAAUAAUUCAGCCUAAUUUUUGAAGGAAUUAUUCCUUAAGACAUGAUCUCUUUUUAUAUAUACUCAAAAGACAGGCAAAAAUUGGUUUUCAGCUGCAGCAGACAGCAUGACUAGAUUUCAUUUAUUUCAUAGAUUUUAGGUCUAUGGUUCAAAUUCCAUCGGGAAAUUUUUUUCUUAAAAGCUAAAAAAUAUAAAGCCAAUAAAGGUGAAGGUAGAUGAGAAAAUAAAAACAUUAUUUUUGUUGGUCUUUUCCAAGCUUUUUUCUUAGGACUCUGGUAACUUCACAUCCUGUUCUAUGGGUGAUUGGGUUUUUGUUUGUUUGUUUGUUUGUUUUGCUCAGCCUGCUGUUGUCUCCCUCCAAAAUUUAAAAGGAAGAAAGAGCCUAGUAUGUACCUCUGUACAUUUACCAUGUUUACUCAUUAAAUAGUGUUCAAGUGCCAUAAUGUUUUUGUUGAUAUGAAUGUAGUGUCACCUUUUCAGAGGAAUGAAUGUAAUUCAUCUACAUACUUUUUCAUAAUUGAUAGCAGUAGACUUAAGGCUCACUUGUAGAUUCCAUCUCCACAAGACUUUUACUUUAGUAAAUUUUCUUUUAAUACCUCUUUAAUUGAGUGAUUCUAUAACUUAACUAAAUCUAUUAAAUUUAAUCAAAUGGCAGUGACUAGAUCUAGUUUUUAUUCCUGUUUUUUGCAAGGUUCUAAUGCUAAACAAUGUUAUUUUGAUCAUUAAUGAAUUGUUAUUUUAAUUGUUAAAAUAAUCUUGUACAGAAAUAAGAUCUUUAUGGAAUUGAGAGUGUCAUUCUAAACAGUUCUGUCAUGAUUUGAGAAAUAUUUAAUCAAAUUGUGAAAGAGUUAUAAUCACACAUUGUCCUUCAUAUUUGCCAUUUUAAAUAAAAAUCCUUCAGUCCGUUCA